AUGUCUCAGACAACCAAUUCAACUUUAGAAGCAAUCCUCUUCGAGAAGGCAAAGGCUUACUUGAUGCGUGCAAAUAAAGAUGGCGUCAGUGUUUACGAUCAGCUUGUUCGUAUAAUGGAGUUAUUAUUGGAUGAGAACCCGGAAGAUGCGGCACACAACCCAGAAAAGUUUGAAAGCGUUUUACGUCUAAUUCAAAAGCAUGCAUUUCUUCUUGGAGAAAGCACUGAUUCGCGCAACGAGCCUGAAUCAAUUUCCCCGAUUGAGCUAAAGUAUUUGCGAGAAAACAAAGCUCUUUUUCAGCGGCCGGAACCUGUGGUGCACACCACUAUUGAGCAACCCGACCCUUGUACAACCAUUACCACUACUAAAGUGACCCCACUAACCGCGCCUUCAUGUGAUUCAAUAACACAGCAAAACAAGUUCUGGUGUGAGGCUGGAUACGGAAUCACCGAGGAAGAAGCUUUCUUUUUUGAACGUUCUAUCACAAAGCUUGCCAUGGAUAAAGGUCUGACGGAGGUUCGCUUUGUUGGUAAAAUAUUCGGUCGAUACGCAAAUUACGUGGUGAUCUCCAGUCGCCGCUAUGUUCGACCCAACGAAAAGAUUUUUCAAGAGAUCAAUACCAUGCCAAAGCCGCUGCGCAAAAAGGCAGAGGUCAUGGUGCAACCCGAGCCCGGUUUCGUAGGGACGAAUCGGCUGUCCUACUGGGUUGCCUCACGCCCCUCAAGUGGCUGGGUGCUCCUUCCCGACGUCACACCACAGCAAAUUAACGCCGCACGACGGGUUAACAGCCGUUUUACCGGGAACUUAGACGCAGAUGUGGUUGGGUGUGCGCCGUUUCCGUGGAAGGAAUCGAUAUAUCUUCGCGCACAGUUAUCGAGAAUUGUAAGUGGAACUUUUAUCUCACCUGUCGGCGCGCUUGAGAGACCUGAAGACGAAUCAGAGGACUUUGAAAGUCAAGAAUACGGUGACGAUGAUGAGCAACCCUCACAUGCACAGCCAAAGGAAGCAAAAUAUCGCCCACUCACUAUCCCAGCCCCAGGAUAUGGUGAAGAUGAAAUUGAUGUUGCUCAGCUUGCUUCGCUAAACCAGUGGGUGCAUUCGGACAACAUGAUUUUAAAUAACGGACGCCAAACAAAAGUACCAGAGAAACAAGAAACUGAGGACGAGGAACAGGAAGAAACCAAAGAUGUUCAAGAUGAUGAGUCUGAUGAAGAAGAGGAAGCACAAGAGGAAAUUGAAGAAGAGGAGGAACCCGAACUGUUUAACCCUAUCAAAUCAGAUUACUUACAUGCAGUUAUUAACAUUCCGCAGCCCCCCCCGGAUCUUGAUGAUGAGGAGAGAGAUGAUGAAUCGGAUAUACAGGAAGGUAUGGAAGAUGAAAAAGAGGAGGAACAGGAGGACAACGUACCGCUAAAACCUCAGAAUGAUGAUGAUGUCCCUGACGAUGACGUCACCAAACUAAAAGUGGCUGCGUGGAAGGUACGUAUCGUGAACAACACAAAUAAGGAGCACCGUAUCGUGGCAAUGCAUUCCUUGAGAUGGCCUGGUGCUUUCGCGUAUGCUGGAAGCAAUGGCAAGCGUUGGGGUUGUGCAUACUUCGGAUCAGGCCUUAAAAAGAUGGACUACGUCUUUACACCGCCACAGGCACCUCAAAUUUUGUCUGAGUGCUCGGACCUGGUGGAAGCAAUGGACCCAACCGCGACAGUAGAAAAGCUUGUUCGUCGCGGAGAAGGGCCGCCAGAGGCGGAUAGCGAGGAUGAGAUGGAGGAAGCUGAUGAUGUUGGUGCCAUGUAA